AUGUCUGUCCCCCUGGUAACAGACUCAUAUCUGUCCCAUAAUUCAUCUGUGGUGUCCGAGACCCCGGUGGUCACCAAUGCUACCGAGCGUGAGCGCGAUGCCCUGCUGGCAGUGGGUGAGGUGGUGGUGCUGGCGCUGAUCUUGGUGAUGGCUCUCCUAGGCAACGGGCUCGUGUUGGUGGUGUUGCUGAGGCGGUGGCGACACCACACCCCACUCCACCAGUUCAUGCUUAAUCUCUGCCUGGCUGACCUGGUCGUGGCCCUGUUUCAGGUGCUACCUCAGCUGGUGUGGGAUGUCCAAGGGCGCUUCCCUGGACCUGACAUCCUGUGCCGCCUGGUGAAAUAUCUCCAGGUCCUUGGCAUGUUCGCUUCUUCCUAUAUGAUCGUCGCCAUGACGAUUGACCGCCACUACGCCAUCUGCUGUCCCCUGCAGGCGUACCGCAGCGGGGCCACUCAGCGUUGGAACACAUUCAUACUGCUGGCUUGGGGGCUGUCUCUGCUGCUGAGUCUGCCCCAGGCAUUCAUCUUCUCUCGUUCGGAGGUGGCCCCGGGGAUUUAUGAGUGUUGGGGAAACUUUGCUGAAACCUGGGGUCUGAAGGCCUAUGUGACUUGGAUGACGUUGGCUGUCUUCGUCCUCCCCGUUGUCAUCAUCACCAUCUGCCAGGUGCGAAUCUUCAAGGAGAUCCACAACAGUCUGUACCUCAAGUCAGAGCGCCGCAUCUCCCCCUCCACUCUGCCACCAUCCAGUGGGGACAGCCAGAGAGGAGGAGGAGGAGGAGGAGGAGGGGGUCCCAGCAGGGGGAGGUCCAGCCUGCCCCUGUACGCUCCACCCACUUUUAUUGGCAGCUACAGGGACAAAAGCAGCUUGGACACUGCAUCCACAUAUCAACACCUGCCCAUGGGUCCCCUCAGGUCCUCGGGGUCCCUGAGCUACAGCAUUACAUCACAUUGUGAUGGCCAUACCUGCACUGCUGUCCGUCAGGGUGAGCUGCAAGCUGACAUGCUCCCUGAGCCUUCAGUGCCCUCCACUGUUUGCCCCACAGCACUGGCCCCGCCCCUCCCGGCCCACGGCGGUGGCGUAUCAGCAGCCAUGUCAAAGACAGUUAGGAUGACGCUGGUCAUUGUGUUGGUUUACUCGCUCUGCUGGGCUCCUUUCUUCAGUGUCCAGCUAUGGGCUGCCUGGGACCCCAACCCUCCGCAGGAUGGUGCUGUGUUCACCCUGCUGAUGCUGCUGGCCAGUCUGAACUCCUGCACCAACCCCUGGAUCUACUCUGCCUUCUCCAGCAGCGUCUCUCCAGAGCUCCGCCUGCUGCUGCUCUGUCGCACAAACGCACAGCGACGAGGGUCCGUACCGAACGACUCAACGACAACACACACCUCCAGCUACUGA